GUCGCUAAAAAAUAUAGCUCGGCUUUCCUCUGAUCUUGAAGAAGAGGUUGGGGUGGGGGGGGGAGGCUUCGAGAUGCUCAGUUUGGUAAUCUCUCAAGAGCAGGAUGCUCGCUCUUCAACGUGGAAGCAAUUUCCCUCCGUCAGCUCCGUCUGGUUUCCCUGAAACUCGGAACAACUGUAAAUUACAUUUGAUUAAAAAGCGGCGUGUUUUGAUUUACUGGCUUCGCCUUUGGGGGGGAAAAGUUCUGCGUUUUAUCUGUGAAAUCGAACAUCCCUGCUGUGAGCAGGAGGCGGUGAUAGUCAUCUCUAACCAAAACCCCUGGGCCCGGGCCCAGUGUUUCCACUCCCCGCCAUUACAUAUUUAAAUAUAAGUUCCAUGUGUUUGCCCUAUUAGCGGCUAAACAACGUUGCUGACAUUGUGGCUGGGCUUAAAAGCAAACUUGAGCAAUGCAUAGUUAAGGACCUACGUGAAGCACAGGACCUGAACGCAUCACCAAGGUCUUUGAUGCCUCGGUCCAAUUAAAGCCCACAUGACCUGUUGAAAAAAGAAUGCUUUGAUUCUUUUUCCAUCGUUGUUUUUUUGUUUUCUCGCCCAAACAAAUGCUUAAUAAGGCAUGUAAAUAGUGAUCAAUAAUGAAUAUUAAUCAUGUCCUGUUCCAAACUAGACGCCUCCAGAAACAUUAAAGACUUACUUUGAAGAAACCCCGCAGGUUGACUUGUCAGAAAAAUUGCUGUUUUAGCUCUUUUUGUGUGUGUGUGUGUGUGUGUCUGUGUGUGACGCAUUUCACUCCGAUCAUCUGAAACCGUUUUAACCCGAAUGUUUGUCCAAAGACAAUCUUGUAUCUCUCUGGCUGUAUUUGUUGUAGUAAAUAUAUAUAAUAAAUAGAUUAGUCCUCGUUUUGUGUUCCUCAUUUCUUUUCAAGCAGACUUUUCCUCAAGCUAAAUAACUGUAGAGUUAAACUACACCAAUAUUUAGAUCCUGUAUGUCGAAGUCCUGAUCACGUCGGGGUAAAUAUACCCAAUGGUUAGUUUAUGGUUCGAUAAUGGAUAGUUAAGCAUAAUCUAAUUGUACCCUCGAGAUGACAUUUGAGACGUACAAUUAAUGUUAAGUUGAUUAUUAACAACUUAUGAAAUGAGAGAGGAACAGUUCAGCAUAUAAUUAGUUCAUGUUUAAUGAUUUCUGUCUUUGCGUCUCUUAAUUGUUUCUUUAAAAACUCCUUUUGUGACUAGAUUGUAAAAACAGUUUACUGACCAUAAACUGACCAUAACCUAAUCACUGAAAUGAUCUAUGAAGAAAAUAACAUGGGGAAUUAAACAUUAGGUAACCAAUGAUCAUUACUCAUUAAUUUACCAGUAAGUAACCAGUUUAAAACGCAGCAGCGUAAUGUGGUGAGAAAUUAAUAAUAACGUAAUGUGCACAAGAGAUUAACUAAUCAUAGUAACAAUUUUUUUAAACAAGAUUUCAACAACAAGUAAUACUUUUCUGGGAAUCAACUAACUGAUUCAAAACAGAAUCAAAACUUGAUUAGAUAACAAAUAACUGAGCAUUAACUAACAUUAAUUAAUGAUUGGUUAUUAAAAACAACGACAUAGGGAAUGAAUAACUGACUAAUUACCUACUAGCCAGCAUUAACCAUGUGUUCUAGAUCCAAAUGGAGUCUGAAAUUAAUCAGGAGGUAAUGAAUAUAAACAGGAGUGGAUGGAGUAAAUCAUUAAGUGAUACUUUGUAGAUCACAAAUUAACAUUAAUCAUUGUUUAUAAAUGAAAAUUAAACAACUCAAACUCCACUAGCUACUCAAAUGUUAAAACAAAAGUUAGUUUAGCAGGUAAUUCUUUAGGUCCUUGUGAGUUUCCGUGUAAAUUCAGUAAACUUAUUUCACAGAGUCCGAGGAGUCGACUGGACCGCUGCAUUUCUGUUUCUCAUUGGCCAUGAAAUCAUUGUGCACCACAAACAAACACACAAAAGGAUUACAAGUCAAUCAAGUCAAAAGAUAUAUUUGAGAAAGUCCAAAAUAAGUGUUUGUUUACAGUAAACAGCUAGGCAAGCAUUUCCAUCCAAAGGGCAGAAAAAGAGCUUUUCUGACUGUUUCUGAAUGUGACUCCAUUAAAAUUAAGUAAUUUGAGAACAUAAAAAAAUAAUCAUAAUAAUAAAAAAAAUCCUUCCAUACUCAAGAUUCCCCAGGCAAUUCCUUCAGUAAUCCUGAGUGGAAGAUAACGAUAAGAAAUGGCUUUGCAGCAAAAACGUUUUUCUCUGAGUUUUUCCUCGGUGUCACCACAAGAGGGCGUAAUGUUCGAAUACGCACCAGAGAAGUUCAAACUGAUGAAAACCUAUUAAAUGACAUUUAAUACAGAAAUAUUGAAAAGUAUGCACACGUCGGGGCUCCUGGUGCACGAAUUACGUCAUGUAGGUGAUCAUUCUGUGGCUCAGGCUGCUUAAUGGCGAUAUGGAUCAAGUGCCGUAAACGUCUAAGGUUUUUUUACACGGACUUUGGACUUUAUAGAGACACAUUGGACCAACACGAGCAGAAGAAAAACAACUGUUUUUUUUUUUGGUUUUUUUUAUUGGUCAUAAUAUUAUAAUUCUCUGAUAAGCUGAAUAUUGUGUUUUCUUUACCUCGAAACUACUAUAGUCAUCUGAACUGAAAUACUAUUAUAAAUCUUUAUGAUUAGUUUUUUUUUUGUGUUUUUUUAAUCAAGUUAUUGCGAUUAAAUAAUCUAGCGAAAAAAAUUCUAAUCUUUAUUGAGAUGCAGCUAUAACAGACAAGUGGUGCAUUUUUGUAGUCGCAGGGUUUGUUUAUACAUCAGGCUGACUACAAACUGUUUUUGCGGUCUGGACAAAGUCAGCGGAAACAUUGAAAAGACAAAGAACAUCAGCGCUAAUUACUUUUUAUUUUUUUUUAUGUUUUAGCAUUGACUUAAAAGAUACCUAGUGUAUUGAAUGACAUGUUGCCGUUUUCGCAGCAGAGCUGAAACUCAAUCUGCUAACUUUUAAGAGGGAUUUAGUCAAAACCUAAGGAUUAUUCGUGUGAAUAACUCUAAACGAAACGUGAAAACCACCAUGUCUUGAAUCGAGAUGUGGAGGGAGCGAAAUGGGGGCGAGGGGGUUGAUGGGCGGGGAUGUGGGGGUGUGCAGGCUCAUUCCAGUGGGCUGGUGCACUCCCUUCCAUCUCCACAACAUUCCCACUUUUGGAGACCUGACCAAAGCGCGUCCGGACUCGGAGCCACGUGUCCCCCCCCCUCAUCCCCCCACUCCCACCUUCCCUCCGUUUCCUCUUUUUCUUCCCCCGACCAUCACCCUACCAAGCCCUCUUUCAGGCCAGGUGUCAGGAGCGCCCAUCGGCCGGGAGAUGCAGCGUCUGGUCUGCCGCACACGGACAGCGGGCUCGGAGCUGCCGCAGAGCGCCUCGGCUCCCUCCGGACUGCUUCUAACACUCCUUUGAAUCCACAAAUAAGGACAUACUUCUUCACAAUCAUUUUUUUACCUCCCUCCUCCCCCCCAAAAAAAGAGAGAGGGCAAAGCAGGUUGUGUUCAAUGCGUAGCCAUGCUUCUCAUCUCGUCUCGCAGUGCGCUGCUGUCCGUCUACUACCCGCAGAUCUUCCUCAUCCUCACCAGCGGGCGUUGUCCUCCGUGGUGGCCCUGGGCGCCAACAUCAUCUGCAACAACAUACCAGGACUGGCACCCCGUCAGAGGGCCCUCUGCCAGAGUCGCCCGGACGCCAUCAUCAUCAUCGGCGAGGGCGCCCAGUUGGGCAUCAACGAGUGCCAGUACCAGUUCCGCUACGGGCGCUGGAACUGCUCUGCCCUGGGGGAGAGGACGGUCUUCGGACAAGAGCUGAGAGUAGGCAGCAGGGAGGCAGCAUUCACCUAUGCCAUCACAGCCGCUGGAGUUGCCCAUGCGGUGACGGCGGCCUGUAGCCAAGGCAACCUAAGCCAGUGUGGCUGUGACCGCGAGAAGCAGGGCUACCAUGACCGGGAGGAGGGCUGGAAGUGGGGAGGCUGCUCAGCAGAUGUCAAGUACGGCGUGGAGUUUUCGCGACGCUUUGUGGACGCUCGUGAGAUCAAGAAAAAUGCCCGCCGGCUGAUGAACCUCCACAACAAUGAGGCGGGUCGAAAGAUCCUGGAGGAGAGGACGAAGCUGGAGUGCAAGUGUCACGGCGUCUCCGGUUCCUGCACCACCAAGACCUGCUGGAUCACCCUGCCGAAGUUCAGAGAGGUCGGCUACCUGUUGAAGGAGCGCUACGGCGACGCGGUGCAGGUGGAGCCUGUCCGGGCCUCGCGGCUCCGCCAGCCCUCCUUCCUGCGCCUGAAACAGGCCCGGGGCUACCAGAAGCCCACGGACACGGACCUGGUGUACCUGGAGCGCUCGCCGAACUACUGCGAGGAGGACAAGAUCACGGGAAGCACGGGGACGAGGGGCAGGCUGUGCAACGGCACUUCCACUCACACGGACGGAUGCAACGUGAUGUGUUGCGGCCGGGGCUACGACACGCACCACUACACGCGGGUCUGGCAGUGCAACUGCAAGUUCCACUGGUGCUGCUUCGUCAAGUGCAACACCUGCAGAGAGAAGUCGGAGGUUUUUACCUGCAAGUAGGCGCAAGGCAACGGGGACUCCGAAAACGACGGGCCUCAAGAUAUUUAUUACAUUUUGCACAUUUUGGCAUCGUAUUUCUAAAGAAACAGAAACUCAAGCUGAAUUUGAGCUGCAGAAGUCACUGGGAGCAACAGAGACGGACGACUUUGCAGAGGUUUUCAACUUUUUUCAAAUAUUCUUACGCAACAGCCGCAAACUUGAACAUAUUUUUUUAGGGAUUUUUUUUAGUGAUAGACCAGCAAUAAGUAGUUGCUGCAGCUUUGAACAAGCAUGAAAACAUUUUUUUGUUUGUUUUGUGGACAGUAAUUUUCCCGUCUUGGAAGAUUUUUUUUAGUUGGAUUUAGAGCUGAGCUUUGACUGGGCCACUAACAGUCACUGUAGCUCUGGUUGUAUAUAUUUUUAGAUGAAAAAGUCUGCAUAUAAUUUUCUUUCCACUUCACAAUUACGCAUUACUUUAUGUUGGUCUAUCACAUGAAAACACUAAAACAUAUUUAGGUUUGUGGCGAUUACUUUUGCAGGAAAACUAUUCGCUUCCAUACUGGUGUUAAGAGGACGUUGCAUUACUAAGGCAAAUUUUUGACAUCGAGCAACGGCUGUUGGUUAUUAUUUUAACAUUUAUGUUCUGGGGAACAUAAAUCAGAAAUGUACUUUGGACUGCCUUGGAAGAAGCCUCCACAUGCGACCCGAAGAAAUGGCAGCCGAGCA